GCUUACUUGAAGCCUUCCCUUCAACCACUCCGUACUGUAAUGGCUAUGAUGCCUUUGGCAAUUCCUGAACUUGUGCUCGCCGAUUGUUAUAGAAACAUUCGAUUAGACUUACAAUACAAGAACGUGUAGGCCAAUUGUGUAGCGAAUGGGCCCCUCUGACCUGGACGCGGAGCGUGAAGCGACCAUGGCUAGGAACAAUGCCAUUCUGGACGAGAUUGGCUUAGGAAAUGCCUGCAAGGAGUUCAAGGAUGCUGCGGCUAAACUUAGGCCAGUGUCGGGCAAGAAGCGGCAACAAAGCACUAAAGGUCCGCCACUCCGCAAGUCUUCCCGUCUGGAGGGGCGACCCCAGCCAGGCAACGACCAGGAAGUUAGCGACGAAGAUGAGGAGAAUGAGGCUGCUGUAAGCCUGGAUUCUGAGGAGGAGAAGAACGGGACGGUAACGGACGGCGACGAGGCACCUGAGCUGUGGUCGGAUGAGCAGGAGGGCUGGGCAACCGGUCAAGGAUGGAAUCUCGAGGAUGGACCCGGCGAGCUGCUUCACAGGCUGGCGUUGUUCCAGGUCAUCGGCAUUAGAAUGGAUCAGCGCGAGUCCUUCUUGCGGUGGUACAAGAACUCGCGGAUUAUGACUGUCGAGGGCAUUACCGCUCAAGACCUGAAGAUGCCAUGCGCCUUCACGACUAUGUUUGAUGCGGGGAUACAAGAGCGCCUCACGCAGGUAGGCAUGUCGCUUUUCGACGUGAAGAAGGUGGAGAAGGCGAUGGAGGAGGCGGCGAAGGCGGCGAAGGAGGCAGCGAAGCUGCUCGAGGCACCCAAAUCACGAAAGUCGGGCUCGUUGCCAACACCAGGCGGCCCCUCCCUCGGGUCGUCCUCUGCUAACCAGCGGCAGGGAAAACGUACCAGCGAGAAGGUGACCAAGAAGAUUGAGAGCGUGUACGGGCAGGCUGUGUUGGCGAGCCGGGAGGCCUUCAAGAGCCUGGAGCCCUCGGUGAUGGAGGCAAACGACUUGAAGAUCAUCAAAGACAUGGGGGAGCACAUCCGGUGCCUGCUGGGCGUGGGACAAGGUGCGCCCAUGGAGACAGUGAAGGCCAGGCUGCGGCAGGCGGUGCAAGUGAAGGCUAAGAACAUGCGCCGAUGCAGCAAGCCAAACGUGAACCUGGACACGGUCGAUGAGGAGGAAGGCCUGCAGCCGGCAUCACCAUCAGCACCGGGUGAGGAGGAGGAGCCAGCCACGCCCGAGGUGCCCAAGCCGUACAUGUGGGCUAAGCUGCCUGGAGGGGACACGGAGAAGUACGCUGCGGCUGACAACCACCUCGACUGGCUGGCGGACUUCGACAUAGGGGACAACGCAGGGUGCAUCCUUGUGGGAAGCCUGGACAAGGACGAGUUGGUUCCGGUAACACUUGGCUGCGGCCUGCUGCUGGACCCACUGGACGCCAAGACCGACCCGGCGGCUACCGUUGACGUCCUGGUCUUUGGCAUCAACACUAACGUCAAGCGCACCAAGAACGCUUACAUGCCGUCCAGUGUGGGCGGCAAGACUAGCACCUUUGCGCUGGAGGAGAAGGACAAAGACGGCAAGCUGGUACGCAAGCUUGCAAGGUCCCAGACGGUCAAGUGGCCUGUCAUGGGCAUCCUGCCCACAUUCAAUGGUAGCACCGGCAUAACGGUGUCCAUGACUUUCUACGGGACUCGCGAGAAGGACAUCGCCACCAUCAAGACGUGCCUAGCGCAGAAGCGGCAGGCACGCGCUGUUGAGGGGAAGUAGUAGAAUGCGUAGGCUUGUGUGGCGUACAGCGUCCUUGGUUUUACCCCUUUACUCCCUGGACGGAUGGCCACAUAGUGAGGAUCAUAAUACGACUCUGAGAUGCACAAAGGAAGCACACCGGUGCAUGGCAUGGGGAAGGCAUCUGGACCAACGAGACAGCGUAUUGCCUGUUGUGACCAUGUGCGUUGCAGAUGGAUGCUUUGCGUUAAACAGACUGUACCUAUGUGUUUCACAUCAUGCCGUCGAAAUGACAAUUCGGCCCAGGUGCAUAGGGCAUAGCGUGGGGGAGCGUGUUGUGUUCAGUUGCAUUACCGCAUAGCAUUACGUUAGGGCACCCGUUUUUACCAACACACAUGUUGCUUCAUGUUGGAGACUCAGUAAUUGGCUUUGGAGUUGCUUGGUGGCAGAGUGAAGGAGCUAACCUGUCAUACGGCAUAUAUAUUCCUCUACUUGUUUUGGAUGUUAACUGGGCAGGCCCUCAUCUGGGGCGUAGUGCCAACACCUGAAGAAUGACGAAAUCAAAGAAGAGCAUAAGAGCCCUAACUUCUUGCUUGUUGUGAAUGAAUGGUUGACAGUUACAAUAGUUCGUGUUGUGUCCUUCUGUCAUGGUGCUGCCAAGCAGCAUUCAACCGUCAACUGGGCUCCUCAUUGGCCCUUUUUAACCUGACGACCCCUGUUUACCUAAUCAGUCAGCACACGGGCUCCCAGCUAAUCCCUUUUUAUCUAAUCCGUC